AUGUCAACCACAGCAUUCCCACUGCCGGUGCCAAAAUGUGGAAUUUUUGCCGGUGGUGGCCCCGGGCUCUCAAUGAAAAAGCUUCUCAUUUUGUGCAAAGCUAGGGUCCUGCAUGUCAUUGUGAUGUGUUUGAACUAUUUGUACCUUGGGAGGUUUCCGUCAAAUGAUGAGCUUGGGAGGCGGCCAAAUGAGAUCCAAUGCCAGAUCUUUACGAGGCUCCGCUCGUUCAUUGCUGUGUGUGGAUUGACUCGGGAGCUGUUCCCUCUUGCCCCUGGUCGGUCCGGUCCUCAAUUAGCUGCAAGUUUGAUGCAUUUGGAAAGCUUUGUUGAGAAGUGCUCUGAGUUCAAAGAUUCCUAUCGCAGGGCCGCUUCCUCUGAGCUUUAUGUCGAAGAUUCCAGCCUUCUUCCUGCCGAUGACUUUCCCCAGCUUGUUCCUUUCAGACCUUUAGACCCUGAUCGGUUGAAACUUUCUGGAAGAGGCCACUGGGAUAUGCAGGAGUUCAUACAUGGCGUGUUGUGGCUGCCUUUUGUUGAACCGGCUUUUCUUCGGCAUGGUGGUGACUUGUCUGGUGCUGUUGGGCCCAAUUUUGAGAAUGAGAACCCUGAAGCGAACUUGAAACUUGCAAAGCUUUGGGAUGUGAAUGGGCUUUUGGCUUUGUUUGAUGCUCCUUGUUGCCCGGGUGCUUACAGCCGUGUUUUUCAGGUCUACAAAGAUGCACACCGAGACCGUCAGAUCGGUGAUAGGAGGCUCCCUAAUGCAAUGGAGUAUCAUGUCGCUGGCCCCAGCAAACAUUUGCCACCAGGGCAUCUUUUGGCAGAAUUGCAUGUGGAUGUAAAGCACGAUACCCUUCGGGGCUCAGUGACCGACCGCCGAGAUUUCUAUCACCAGAGCAAAGUCACUGAUGCCAGAGCAAAGUCAAAUUGCCUUUCUGUUCCUUUUCCCAUUUCUGAGUUUCAUGGCUGCGCUGCCUUUGAGGACUAUCACAAAAAGAAGAACCUGGAGUCCUCUCGCCGAAAGGAGAAGUCUUUUGCUUAUAAAGCUCUUGCCGAAGCUCGGCUUGCCUAUGAAAAACACCGGCUUGAGGGCUCACCGGAGAAGGAUGUUGAAGCUGAAGUUUUCUUCAAGGCAGCUGGGGCUGAGGUUGACUCUCGCGAGACCACUUUGCGUCAGAAGCUUUGUCUUGUCAGCAGUCCUUUUGCGAAACGUUUUGCCUUGUCAGCCUUGUCAUUGCGCGCGGCCCGGCUUCCAGUCAUCACUCCUCGGCUUGCUGCUAGACUUUCUGGAAACUGGGUGUCUUCACUUCUCUAUAGAAGGUGUCUGACUUCGAUUGUGGAUGAGUUUUUCGGAGUCAGUGCUGGCCUUGAACUUCCUGGCGCUCCGAAAGUUGUGCCUCUGAAGAGAGCGUGUGCCCAAGAACUGUGCCUUUUGUCUGCCCUGGUUCCCAUGAUGAGCGCAAAUGUUGGUGCAGCCUAUGCUUCUUGCGUGUACGCCUCUGAUGCGUCAGGUGAAGGUGGUGCUGUGGUGUCCUUGCCUUGUGAACCUUCGGUUGUGCGUUCUCUUUGGCAUGCCUCUGAUAAAAAGGGGAGUUACACCAGACUUGAAUCCUCUGCCAGAGCUAUUUUGAAGAAGCUCGUCCACGAGAUAGAGCUUCCAGAUGACUCUUUUGAGGAGAUUGCUGUGAAUGCUGAAGGAGGGCCUUUUAAGGCGCCAUUGAUGAAGUUUGAUUUUGUUGAAAUUUGUGGGGGAGCCGGUGUCAUUUCGAAACAUGCGAGCAACCUUGGACUUGUCACUGCUCCUUGCCUCGACAUUAGUGAAAGUGCCCAUUAUGACUUGCGUGGUUUGCGCUUCCUUGAGUGGGUAAUUUACAUGAUUGAGGAUGGACUUUUUGCCUCCUUUCUGAUUGAACCCCCUUGUACAAGUUUUUCAGCGGCUGCCUGCCCCAGUGUUAGAAGUUACACGCAGCCUCUUGGUUUUGAUCGGAAGGAGGAAAAGACUCUGCAUGGCAACACGUUGGCUUUCAGAACUUUUGUCCUCUUGAAGGUUGGUCGGCGGUAUAAAAGACCCUGUGGCUGUGAACAACCACGUCGCUCAAAGAUGAUGUGGACUCAUUUUUGGGAGACUCUUCGGCGACUUGGUUUUAGGGACAAUAUAGUAGCCUCAUGUCAGUUUGGGAGCAUCCACAAAAAGGAGUUUGAUUUCCUUCUUUAUUUGUUCGACUGCAUUGGGGCAAAGUGUCCUGGCGGCCAUUCUCAUGUGAAAAUUGAAGGAAAAUGGACGAAGGGUUCUGCCACCUACCACCCUGAGCUUGGACUUUACCUUGCAAAAGCUGUGCGACGUGCUGUUUUGAGGGUCCGACGUUUGGAAAAUGACGAGGUUGAGGUGCUUGGUCUUGAGAGCUUGGUAGUGAAUGACUUGAUGAUUGCCAAGAAAUGGGAUCUUGAGAAAGCUUGGACUUGGAAGAAGACUCGAUCCCAUAUCAAUGUCCUUGAGAGUUUUUCUUCCGUUGCCGCUCUCAGCCUUGCUGCCUCUCGCGAGCCUGACACCAGAGUUCCUCUUGUAGUUGAUUCCCAGGUUGCCCGUGGUGCUUUGUCAAAAGGUCGCAGCAGUUCGUUCUCCCUUCAGCCCAGUCUGAAACGGGCUUGCGCAGUUCAAUUGGCUUUUGGACUUUUCCCGGCUUGGACUUUCUGCCCGACGCGACUGAACUGCGCAGAUGAUGGUUCCCGUGGAGUAGAGACUCGGGGGGUUUCGACUUUAGCCUCAAUUGUGGACUUCUUGGAUUUUGGUUCCCUUGUCUCCCUCCACGGAACUGGGCUCAAGCGUUUUGCGGCAAAUUGGAUCAGGCUUGUGGUGUUGGCCCUCAUUGUUUGCCCUUCAUCAGCAAAGGAAGCACAGCAGAAUGGACUUUUUCUCUGUCCUGAAAUCUCCUCGGCUCCUCGGUUUCUCUCUGUCUAUUUGAUUUCGUGCGUUGCUGUUUGGACUUUCAUUGUCUGUUGGCUCUACCGUACGUCUGCGCUCUGUCGCUGGGCUGUUUCCCAAUGGAUUUGGUUCCUCCGUGUCUGGGCUGGCACUUUAUCCGACUCGAGUGUGCUUGGUCUUGGACUUUGCCUCGGCGCCUCCAUGUCUCUCUGCUGCUUUGGAUUUUGGCUCCUGGGUGUCACCGGUCUUGUUUUCUCUGCUGGACUUUUCCCAGAGACUCUUGGCCUUGUCACCGUCCCUGCUUUGCGCUUGGUUGGCAAACAUCCCCUUAAGAUCCUUUUUCUAACUGUUCAGGGAUUGCCCUUCGGGUCGCGUGGAUUUGGGGCGUAUGGGGCGUAUGGAGCCAUGGCACCUCAGAGUGAAGCUGAAAGAGCCCGAGCGGCAUCCCGCAGACCGCUUGAACUCCCAGCUGACAGGCUUUUGAGAAAGGAGACAAGGAACAGGCGCAUGCAGCUCUUUGCAAAUUUCAGGGCUUGGCUUUGGAAAAACCACAGGGUUUCCCUUGCAAGUUUGAUGAAGCAGAGGCCCCCUGACGCGGAGAGCCGUUUCUCCGUGCUUUUGAAGACUCUGGACCUUCCUACUCAGAAGGUGGAUGGUCAGCGCCCCUUCGACUUAGGAUCGCUGCGUCCCGGUGGUGCAUCUUGGAUGUUGGACGUCACCGAGAACUCAGAACUGGUACGUAGAAGGGGGCGCUGGCUCAGCAAUAAAGUCAUGGAGAUUUAUUUACAAGAAGUUGCUGUUGCCACUUUCCUGCAGAAGAUUCUGCCGAAUCAACGAGAGAAGAUCCUGUGUUUUGCCCAGCGUUUCGAAAGUGUGCUGACCUUGGUUCUUCAUUAUCUCGAUUGGGCAGUCCCACCUUCUGCAUGGUAUUACCUCAUGAAGGCUCAGCGAGUCGAGGAGAGUGGGGAAGAGAUGCAUUUUCAUAGCACUUUUCAGCCUAAGACGGCUGGUGCUGCGGAUCAUGGAGACUCCUAG